UUUUUUUACACCAUGACGAAUUGUAGUCGUAUGUUUUUUUAACGAUGAAAAGAAAAGCCACGUCUUAACAAAUUGUUGUGGUCCGUGAAUAAUCCACGUGAUUGAGAUAUUGUUCUGGUACGGGCUUGCGUUACAAAUUUACAAAAAUCCAGAUCAUCAUCAACUUGCAAUGCAUGGUUACUUAAGAACGAGAUUUGAUGUGAGCACACAGGGGCGAAGCCAGGAAAAUAAAUUAGUGGGUGCAUAAUGCUGAUAAUAUAUUAUAUAUGUAAAUAAAUAUGAUUUUGGGUGAAUCGAACUCCCUACCACAAGAUUCACUGGGUGCAUUCACUACCAGCUGACCUAAUUUGAAGUCCUAAUUGUUAUAUGAAACACUAUAUUAUGGGUGCACUUGCACCCGCCAACGUAGCUUCGCCCCUGAGCACGACUGAGACUUCGAUUAAGAAGAAGAAGAACAUCGGCGGAGUCUUAGCGGGAAGAAGGAACACCGGCGACGGCGAUCUCUGACAAACCGGUGGCAUUGAGUCGUUUUUUCUUUUUCGCCAAGAGGAAGUGAAAAAGGAUGUGAAAUUAGGGUUUGAUACACACGAUUUGGGGAUAAAACGGUUUUGUCCCUUUUGUUUUUUUCUAACUUUUAAAUUUUACAAUAAUUAAAUUAACAAAAAUCAUUUUGGAUUUAGAUUAGGGAUUUAACUGGAUUUACAGAAAAAAUUAUGCUAAGUGGAUAACUUAUACUUUAUUUUUUGGCAUAUGGACAAUGUACUUAUUGUUUUGUUCUAUAUUUCCAAUUUUCCCUUAUUAUUAUUACCUGAUUUUGUUGAGAAGAGAAGAUAGAUGAUCAGAUUUGUACUGGGUUUUUCUACUAGUAAUUAAUCAACUAAUCAACAGCUUGAUUUCUUUUUCAUAGUGUGUGAGUGUAGUCUUGAAGAUUAUAUAUGCACUUAAAAUUUGACAAUAAUAAAUUGUACCUUUGAGGUUUAUUUAUUUAUUUGAGUUUAGUAAAAUCUUUUCAAACCACUCAAAUUUGUUGUAAAAUUAAAUUUAUAAGUUUAUAUAAUUUUAUAACACAUGGUUAAUUUUAAAUUAAGAUUUCUUAAUUAUGAAAUUAAUAGGACAUUAUUCAGUAAGAAUUUUAAAAUUAAAAAUGAAUAAAAUUCUUUCAGUUCAGUUUUUUUUUUCAAAAAUAUAUUAAUUGUAUCUAGUCAUUGAUUGAUUCAGUCAAAUUAUGCUGGGCUGCUUCGUAUUUGGUCACACAAGUGUAAAUCUGGUGAUAAAUUUUCAUUUGUAAUUUUGAGGCCCAUUACUGAGGACGAAUAAGGAGAAAGGUCGUUGUCGUUGAUUAUUUGGUAGUAGCAAAGAAGAAGUUAAAGAAAACUAACAGAACACAUGAAAACCAAAGGACGUUCCAACGAACCUCUUUACUUGUAUUUACCCAAAGUUGUAUUUUGUGUGAAGUAAACGCAAAGACAUUUUCAACUAUCUACUCUAUCGAAAUAAAAAUGCAAUUUGAAAAAGUUCACAACUUUCCAAUCAUGUUUGUCGUGUAGCUUGAUUUCAAGAUGAAAUGACUAUAAAAUGAUUGAACCAUUAAAUAAUCAUAAUCAUAAUCAGAACGUGGUCAGUUAUACUCUAAUCUAGUCACCAUCCGUUUUAGCAAUAACAACCAACCGUUGCAAAUGUAUUUGAGUGGGCGAUGCUUCUUUCUUUAUAAAAAGCUUAAUAUAUGGUUCGUCAUGACAUAUACCACAAAACUCAUACAACUAAAGCAACAAAACAACCCUUAACCAGCUUCAUUCUGCAAUGGUUCGCGCUGAGAUCGACACUGGAGCUCCUUUCCGGUCUGUUAAAGAGGCUGUCACUCUCUUCGGCGAGAGAAUUCUUCUUGGUGAUAAUUACAUCAACAAGUCCGCAGAGAGAGACAAUGGAGAUAGUAAUGCGGUUUUCAGAAGCAAAAGCAUAGAAGCUGAGUUGGAUGAAGCAAAGGAGAAUCUGAAGAAAGCUGAAGACGAGAACAAGGUUUUGUCUCAGCUCCUCGAAACACUAACCCAAGAGCUUGAAACUACUAAGGAAAAGCUAAAUCAUUCACUUAAAAAGUUCCCAGAACACCCUCAAGUCGACGAUGACCUCAAGUUCAUAGAGCAUUCCACGGUUAUUGAACCGGAUAGCAUAACCGAGAUUAAGAUGAACCGGUUUGAUCAAAAUGAUGUGUAUGAUGAGGAUCGUCUGGAGACGAGACGUUCGGUGAAGUUUGCGAAUCCACCGUUGUUAACGAAGGUCAUUGAGAGAAAAGAUGAUAAGAAGAACCAAGCUAUAGUAAAGAAGCAGACAAAGAAGAUGAAGCCGUUGGUCCCAUUGGCUGCUUGGCUUUUUGCAAGAAACCGGUCACGUUAACCGCUUUUAGCGAUCCUUGUCUUGCGUUUAUACUCACGCACGCCUUACGAAUUCUGAAAUAAUAUUUCCAAAACUAGUUGUUCUUAUUUUGGGGUUCGUUCGACUUUAUUUUGUUAUAUUUUUAUUUUCGACAUGUAAGUAACUGAUAAGCCGAAACUAUAGGAGGCCAUGACUACAAAAUAUUCAAAACUACUGUAUUUGGCCUGUUUGCUACCAACGAGAGAGCAGAAGAAAAGUCUCAAACUAGCUUUGAGUUCAA